AUGGUAAGCAAAGCCAUGUCCAAUAUCACUCUACUCUUCACUGCCUAUGGAUCUCCAGGUUCAAAAAAUUAUGUGGCAUUGUUCAUUACCCUGUUGCUUUAUGUUAGUACAGUCUUAUCUAAUGUUGUCAUCUUGUUUGUGAUCUAUUUUGAUUCAAGCCUGCACAAACCUAUGUACAUUUUUCUGUUCAAUCUGUCAAUUAAUGGAUUAAUAGGAAGCACUGCAGUCUGUCCAAAGAUCAUGGCUAAUCUUCUCAAAGACAAUAACUCCAUAUCUUUAGAGGGCUGCUUAUUUCAGGUGCUUUUCAUCAAUGUCUAUGCCGGGUGUGCUUAUGCAAUCUUUGCUGGGAUGGCUUACGAUCGCUAUGUGUCUAUAUGUAAACCACUCCAAUACCACAGUAUAAUGACACCUUUAAGAGUGAAUGUACUUCUAGCUGUAAUGUACAUCCUUCCAAUAUCCCUGAUGUCCUUCCAAGUGUAUUUAACUUCUACACUUCCUCUGUGUGGUCACAACAUAAAUAAGCUUUUUUGUGACAAUCUGGCUGUUGUUAAUCUAUCUUGUGUAAGAGAUGCCUUUGGUAAUGUGUAUGGUCUUUUUAUAGUUUUGGCAACUAUUGUUCUUCCUCUAUUUCUAGUAAUUCUGUCCUAUAUUAAGAUAUUAUGUGUAAGCUUAAGAGCCUCUAAGAAUGCACAGAAGAAAGCACUACAGACAUGUGCACCUCAUUUGAUUACUUUUAUAAAUUUUUCUAUUGCCGUUCUCUUCUCUAUAAUCUAUAACAGAGUUAGUUAUUACGUCCCUCAAGAAAUUAAUAUAUUAAUGUCAUUAGAUUUCAUUUUGAUACCCCCUCUUUUGCAUCCCUUGAUAUAUGGUUUUAAAACCCAGGAUAUUAGAAAAAGUUUGUAUAAAAUCUUCAGAAGAAGGGUUUUUAUGAACUCUGACACAUCAAAUCAAAAUGUUAACAGAUUAUUUUGA